AUGUCAGCAACAACAUCAACCAAACAAGUAAAACUCACCAUCCUGAUCAAAAAACUCGACACCCUGAGUACAGAGGAAUUCCACCACUACUGGCGCGUCGAGCAUCCCAAAGCCUGGUUAUCAGUCGCUAUCGUGAAAGCUAAUGUUUUGAAAUAUUCUCAGUUUCAUGUUAAUAAUCCCGUAACGGAGGACUUGAAAACCAAAGGUCUGCCGAUGGCGGGGUACGAUGGCGGGGUUAAUAUUUACGCGGGGAGCGUGGAGGAAUUGAUGGCUGUAUUUCAAGAUGAAGAAUACCUAAGAGUUGUAGUUCCGGAUGAAGAGAAGUUCCUGAAACGAAGUGAGGGGAUUAUGAUGCUAGGCUGGGAGGAUGUCGUUUGGGUUGAUGGGAAGGAGAUUCCUGCUUCUUCUGAUGCUUGA